AUGUCAUCUGGCAAACACACUGAAUUUCGAGCCCAGGGUCAUUUUGGUUCCUUGUCAGCGGUAUGGUCCCCCAAUGGCGCCUCUUACACAGGAACUGAGUUUCUGAAGCCGAAUAAUUCAUUGGGUAAUGACGAGGGACCUUCUGUCGCUGCCUUGGAAACAGGGCAAGUAGUGGCUCAACUGCAAACUCUGGAAGAAGAAAAUAAAGUCCUGAAAGCAAAGCUCAGGGAGCUGGAGAAGAAUUUAAAAAGGAGGGAGGAGAGAAUACGUGAGAAAGAGGAUGAAGUAAGGAGCAUAAAAGUAAGAAUCACAAAGAAAGCCACGAGGAACCGCAGAACAGAGGAAGAACUGCGUAACAAAAAAAGAGAGUUAGAAAGAAUUAAAGUAGACUUGGACAGAACUCAUUAUGAGAAAAGAACAGCUGAAGAGGUCAAAGUUCUUAUCCCGGAGGUUCAGCGCUGUGAAGUUCGGAUAAACGAGGGUGAAAAAGAGUGGAGAGGGGCCAAAGGAAAAGUUAUGAGGGGAAAGGUCCGUGACAUAGAGGUUGUUGUAAAGGAACCUCUCUCUACCAAGCGUAAAGAUUUUAAAGCCUUCAAGCGAGAAAGUGAUAUCAUUUCUCAGCUUGAUCACCCGAAUGUGGUGCGAUGUCAUGCUACAUUUGAUGAGCACGAUGGCCAAUCACCGUGGAUAGUCCAAGAAUAUGCCAACGGUGUCAGCCUGGGAUACCAUUUGAAUAAGAGGUUAUUCACACUGGUACCCUUUGAAGUAUUGUCCUUUGCUCUUGAUGCAGGUCGUGGCCUCUUAUAUCUACACACUCUUCCGUCUCCGAUUGUUCAUGGGGAUCUUCAUUCUGGCAACCUGCUCCUCUUCAUAAUUGGCUCCACCCCCCCAGUGCUUAAACUUUGCGACUUUGGUAAAGCAACUAUUUUGGGAAAUACCAUGCCACCUAAUCAAGGACCAAGUAAAAAAGAUGAUGUGCUUAGCUUUGGGAAGCUGCUGUCAGACAUGUUGCUCAAAAUAAAGUGGCCUGAUUGGAUGGCCCGUCAGGAGCAAGUAUAUUUCCGUACUUCCCUGGAGCAACUGAUAGAAAGGUGCACGAAAGAAAUCCCAGAGUCACGACCAGACAUGCAAAAAGUGGUUGACGAUCUGAAGGAUUUGGAAAAUCGUUACAGUAAUUUUCCGGGACAAGUAGAACAAGACCCAGUGGAAAAGUAUUUAAUCACUAAAACAAGCUUCAAUAGACACUGA